AUGGAGAAUUUCAAGUCGAAGCCUGUACAAGACAUGGAUGAGGUAGCAUUCAGAACGAAAGUGUUUCACCCAAAUAUAAACAGUAAUGGGAGCAUUUGCCUUGACAUCUUGAAGGAGCAAUGGAGUCCUGCUUUAACCAUCUCCAAGGUGUUGCUUUCAAUCUGUUCUCUAUUGACAGACCCCAAUCCUGAUGAUCCUUUGGUGCCUGAGAUUGCUCACAUGUAUAAGACGGAUAGGAAUAAAUAUGAAACAACAGCUCGGAGCUGGACCCAGAAGUAUGCUAUGGGCUAAACAAGCUUUAGGACUGCAUAAUUUGUUACAGAAUGACUUAGUUCAUGCAUGGGGCUUGGAUUUUCAGCUUGGUUAUUGUGCUCAGGUCAAGGCUAAGAAACCUUCUUGGAAGAUUGGUUCCUCAAUUCUAUUUUCAAUUUUCAAGAUGUGAAGAGUAGUAGCAUUGUAUUUUUUUUUUGAAAUAGUAGUAGCAUUGUAUUAGUUAAAUUAGUUGUGAUGUAUUAUUAU